AUGACAGCAACGCCGACCGAACCCUACUUUUAUCGGCUCAGCAUUCAGUCUGUGAACGUCGGACCACUAGUCUCUGUCAUAAUUGAUAGCCAAUGGGUCGUACAUUACCGGUGCCCGUGGCCUGUGAGCGACGGCUGUUCGUGUUUUUUCAAGCGGAGUAUCCGACGUAAAGUCAACUAUCGGUGCAUAACCGGCACAAAUGAGUGCGUUAUAGACAAAGCCCGUCGCAAUUGGUGUCCCUCGUGUCGGCUCCAGAAGUGUUUUCGUGUGAAUAUGAAUCGCUAUGCGGUUCAGGAAGAGAGGGGUCCGCGAAAAGUGAAAAAGUCAGUCACAAAGCAACUGAAUCUGCAGCUCAUGAAAGCCAUACACCGCUCACAACACGACCACAAAUGCGUGGCUAAGGCUCCGGUCAUUAGUAUUGAGGCGAUUAAUAUGUGUAAAGCGGAACAGAGGACAGCCGUACCGGCGGUCAGCCCACGCACACCACCGUCGACGACAGCAGCCCCUACAUCUCAGCUACAGCUAAACCCCGUUCACAGGGAGCUAUCGGUUCAGACUAACGGUCCGACAAAUCCUUUCCAUUACAUUAAUCCGCAGCUAAUGAUCGGGUCGGAAGUCAGUUAUAAUGAGUCCAAACUCAGGUCAUUAAGACUGUCGUCAGAGCUCAUAGACCUACGUCUGGCCGCUUCACGAUAUGCCAGCGCUUUCUCCACAUUCCGGCCCUUCAGAGGUCACGACCUAUCGCUGUCCCCAUUGCAUACCUCAGCCAUGGCUGGCCAACAGCUGAUGCCAGCGCUCGGACACAAGUUUUACGAGCACCUAAUGCCCGGGUAUGACACCCGUGCGCUACUAAUGCUGCCCACAAUGUCUAACAUGUUGGGCACCGGCACCACAAACGGCACCAAUUCAUUGACGUCCAGUUGGGUGUUGUCUAAUCUGUGUUGUGAGAAAAAAGUCUCGCAACCGAUGGAUAAGGACUAG